AUGCCCACUUCAUUCUCGAACAACUUCAGCUCAAAUCACACCAUUGGCCUGGCCAUAGUGCCGCAAACGAUGGGCUCGUCGUCUUGUCGGCUGGCAACGAAGGGUAUACGCGAUUGCGUCAACAAUCAUUACGUGAACAUAGCUAUUCACAAACGUGUACAAGCACAUCUGGCUCAAAAGUCUGGGAUCGCCACUACCCGGAGCACAACACCAAGACCUCGCCCUCACAAUGGGUCAGUCUGUAGGCAUUAG